GGAUAGUACUGAUGCGGUUCCAAAAAGAAUGUCAGACUGCAACUAUUAUCGAAACUUGUGGUGGGAAAAGGGAGAAUUUAAUGGGAAGAAGUAACCUAGUGGCUGAUAUAAAUUGUUAUUCAUAUAUAAGAUUACCUUAUGUGCUUGUUAAAGGGAUCGCUAUUGAUGAUUAUGAAGAGCGUGUAGAAAAGUUCAAUAUUCACGGAUGUUGGGAGUGGUUAAACGGAGAAGUCUUAAUCUAUGAGUUGCCUUCUAUGCCACACGAAGUUUGCAUCAGUGCAAUUGUUAAGCAAAUAAAUAGACAAUGCAGUAAUGCUGAUGGAACUAAUGCCGAGAUUCAUGGUGCUGGUUCUACUAGAACACGUGACAGAAACCGUGGAAAAGAAGCCGAUGCAUCGUUUCGUCCAAAAAAGCUGGCUGUAACUGCACCAAAUGGGAGCAAUAGAGAUAAUCGUCCUUGGCCAAAUUUGGUCGUGGAAGUAGCCUACACUGAAACAUUGGAUCACGCUGAAGAAGUUUUGAAAUAUUGGAUGAGUCCUGGUCGCUCCCACGAUUGUAUUAUCGUAAAAAUCGAUCUAGUUCCCCAAGACCGAGUACCAGUCCAUAUGAGAGCCUGGCAUUACUGUGUCUCAGCAGGUAGAGGAUCAAGAAAUACAGUUCCUCUUGUAACUACGGUAAUGUUAGACUAUAGUAAUUUGUUUUUCUGUUAA